AUGUGUAUCUGUUUUAGUGAGGAAAGGGAACGCCGGAAACUACAACAAAUUAUCCAAGCAGCAAGAGAAAAAGAACUUUUGGAAAAAGUGUGCGCUUAUGCAUUUUCAAAGGCAUAUCUGACGGAUCUGAAAUUGGUUGUUUUUGACAACCUAGCCGAAAAUGGCUACUUUUACGACCCAGUGGAACGGGAUAUCGAAGAGGGUUUUCUUUAUUGGCUCAUGGAAGAAAUUGGGGAUGAACUUGACCUGGAGCGUCGAGCGCGCACUUUAUUGGACCUGAUGAUUCGCGAGGUGAGUUCGUACAAGCGAUGCUUCUUUGUGAGAAUAGCUGUUUGA